CUCGCCUAAGACGGCUGGCUUUAUUACACUCCCUGUGCCUUCAGGCCGUCACUUCUGCCUCGGAAUGCAGACUUUUCCUCUCCUUACUCUCAUCAUUUCAGCAGUUGAUCUCGUUUCUCUGAAGCUUUAUGUGAACAAUGGGUUUUACUGAAGCUUGCAGGAAUCCUGUUCGUAGACCCGAGCGGAAUUCUUCGAAGUAUCGCUGCGAAAUUUCUGGUACCAUCUCUAAUUAUUGAGGAAGAGGCUAGUUCACUAUUGCAAGGUAAGAAAAUGACCAGUCUUCCUAUAGACUUAAAUGAACCACCACUGCAAGAUGGUUCUGGACGGUGUGUGAUGCUCUCGAAAGACCAGAAAACUAUAUCUCGCACAAGAUGCUAUAACCCACCAGUUGAACUUGCAUGGGAUUGGAGAAUAUCUGAGCUACGACGGCGGGCUUCAGUACUUCAAAUAUCCAGAUUACCUAAGUUUUUCCUACAGGCUGAUCCUUUGGAUUCUCGUCAGCAGCAUGAGUGGCCUCUAUUCAUGGGUUUUCUUCAAAAGCACGAUAAGGUUGCUAUUGUGGAAUUUGAGUCAUUCGUAUUUUACAUACUUCCUCCUGAUACUGGUGCAAUUACAACGCAUGCCGUAGUUGCCUAUCGAGAAAAGUCGGUUGCAUCAGUUCCAGGUCAUACCUUUCCGAAACUGGAAGAAUUAGCUCCUGCCAGAGUGAUUAGAACGCCAAACUUUGGGAUGCUUGAAGAAUUUAGUGGUAGUUCAGAAACUAAUGUUGGGGAGAGGGUUGUUUGUGCGAAGAAGCAGCAUUCUGAUCAUGAGUUUCAACAGGCUGCUGUGCUUUGUGUAUCACAUGGAUCUGUUGAGGAAGCCUGCAGAUCUCAAUCCAGGGAACAAAAGAAAACCAUUUUUGAGAAAAAUUUUGCAUGUGAUAGUGAAGGGUUUUCGAAGAUUAAUUUGGAGAAACAGCUUCCUGAUAUUAAGUUCCAGCAGGAGGUUAUGGGUCAUUAUGCUCGUGGAUCUAGGGAUGAAGCUCAUUGUGGAUCUCAGCCCAUGUCAGUGCCCCAAGAUAAUAGUUUUGGGGAAAACUUUGUGCGGGUAGACCCCGGUUACUUGAAAACUCUUGGUCAGUCUCAUUCUGGAUGGGUUUUUGGUGCGAUAGCUGAGCUUGUUGACAAUUCUAGGGAUGCCAAAGCGGCAAACUUGGAUAUUUCUAUAGAAAAUGUAUAUUUCAAGAUACUUGGGAAAGAUAUACCUAUGCUCUCUGUUAUUGAUGAUGGGCGUGGCAUGUCACAUAAAGAGCUGGUGAGGAUGGUCUCUUUUGGGUGCAAACAACCUAAUGUAGAUGAUCCAGAUCGUGUUGGAAGAUUCGGAAUUGGAUUCAAGACUGGAGCAAUGAGACUUGGUCAGGAUGCUUUUGUUCUUUCCCAGACUACUGACUCCAGAUGCAUAGCUUUUUUGUCUCAAUCGUUAAAUGAAGAUAAGGAUAAUCUUGAGAUCCCUAUUUUGAGCUAUUCAAGACGAGGACAAGUUAUGGAAAUCGACACAACUGUCCAAUCCAAGGAGUUAGCGGAUUACAAUUUGAAGCGCAUAAAGGACUUUUCACCAUUUGACGAGUAUUUCAUUGGUGUAAAAUCUGGGUUAUUUAGUGAAAAGUUAACUGGAACGCAGAUAUAUAUAUGGAAUUUGGAUAAGUGGGGUUCAGAAUAUUGUUUAGAAUGGCAGACUGGAAGGAAAGGAAAUUCCUCUUGUGACCAAGGUGACAUAUUAAUUCGAUCUAGACGGAUCAGGUCUCGGCCAGGGCAAAUUAGCCAAAAGGUGCCUUUAGAUUAUUCACUCCGCUCUUAUAUGGAGGUUAUUUUCCUGGAUCCGCGAAUGAAAAUAUCUGUUCAAGGUUCAUUGGUUAAAACUCGGCCGCUGGCAAGAUCCUUGAAUAGGACUGUUGUUGUAGAAGAUACUCUCUUGGGAAAACCUGUUAAAUUGACUCUGGGCCGCAGUCAACUAGAAUGGGAGCAAAUGAAUUGUGGAAUGUUCUUGUACUGGCAUGGUCGCUUAAUUGAGGCUUACAAGAGAGUUGGUGGCAUGGUCUAUAAUGCAGACAUGGGACGUGGAGUUAUUGGAGUUAUAGAUGUUACUGAUCUAAUGGAUGAUGGGAAUGGUUGUGUGUGGGUGCAUAACAACAAGCAAGGUUUCCAAGACUGUCAACCUUAUGCUGAACUGGAGCAGUGGUUGGGAAUCCAGUCUAAUGUAUAUUGGGACAAAAAUUUUGAUACACUAGAAGUGAGAAAGAAAGAUGCAAAAUACAAACCUGAUCAUGAGUGGGUGCAGUGCGACAAAUGUCGAAAAUGGAGGGUUUUGCCAUCUGGCUUUGACAGCAAUAAAUUACCCGAUCAAUGUAAUGUGUGUAGGUUUUGUCAACUGCCACCUUUCAAGGGAGAAUGUGCGAAACCUGAACAACAAACUGGUCGUGGAAUCAUAACUAUAGAUGCUAAGAGAUCUCAGUAUGGUACUAACGACACCGUGCAGAAAUUCACUGCCAAAAAGAAAUUGCAAGAUGAGAGUGAGGAUGAAUCCAGUCAGAUAAUGGCCGCAGAUAUAGGUGGGCAGUAUGGGCCAGAAUCGAAGACCCUUAGGACGGGGCCAGACUAUGAGAGUGAUUGUGACUCGAGGCAGAUAACGGGCAAGGACAUGGCUCCAGGAUUGAAGAGGCCUACCAGGACAGCAAAUGGGAGUGAAGGUGAGGAUAUUGGUCGGCGAGGAUAUAAGAGGCUUAGGAGGGGCCCUUCAAGGAGAUGUAACCAGCCACGAUAGAGAAGAAAGAUGUAGAAAAGCACUGAGCUGUUGUUUCCCUUCUUUGUACAUGCACCUUUUGAUGAGGGAAUCCUUCGCGGCAAGCCUGUAUGUAAACUACUCUGUUUUCCAAUCUAUAAAAAGAUAGUAAGCAUUUUGUCUCA